UGAAUCGAAUCCAAGGCAAGUCAGAUGGCCAUGCGGGUUUACGGUGCUGUGUGCUGUGCUGUCUAACGCAUGUAGCUUUUCAGUUGCUAAUAGCCCAUAUAUACCGAGCGGAGGGAAAAUCGCGCAGUUUCAGCAUGGGCCGCAAAGCAGACUUUAGCGAAAAGUCCAAAAAGCGGCGAUCUAGGAAAUCGAAGAUCCAGCCUCCCCCGGAGAUACCGAAGGUUUUGAGAGCGGAAAAGCCACCGUCGAGGCGGGCCUUGAGAAGGUUAAAGAAAAACCAACCUGUAAAGAAUGACCUGACAAGUAAAGUGAUUACCAAAAAGAAAACAGAAGAAGAAGUGGACGAUGGACCACCGUCACGGACGGUCCAGUCGUUUUCUGACGACAACAAAAAGUGGUUGAAACCAAAGGCGUCGAAGAAACAACUGCUGGACUCUGAAGAUGACGAUGACGGCUCUGACGAUCAACAAGAGGACUUCGGCGAAAGCUCUGAUGAUGCUGCUAUGGAUGAUGAGUUUGGUGGUUCAGAAAUCGGCGAAGAUGACGACGAAAGUGACGACGAAGAGCUGCCCAUCGAAGCAGCGUCAAGGAAACUUCAGAAGAGACAGGAGGAAGAUAGAAAAUUAGCUGAGGAGGAGCUAAAAACAAACAUAGCUGAAUCUGAGGUCUUCACACUUCCAAGCGGGCAAGAAAUCGAGAAGGAGAAGGCUGAGCCCCCCGAUCUGGCCAUCAUCAGCGAGAGGAUAAAAGACGUCACAUUUGUCCUCAAUGACUUUGCAAGCAGAAGAGAACCUGGAAGGUCCCGGUCUGAAUACCUGGACAUUCUGAAGCGAGAUUUGUGCGAGUACUACAGCUAUAAUGAGUAUUUGAUGCAAAAAUUUAUGGACCUUUUCUCACCUGCCGAGCUGAUAGAAUUUUUGGAGGCCAAUGAAGUCAACCGGCCAGUGACGAUCCGUUCCAACUCAUUGAAAACGAGACGGCGUGAUUUGGCUCAGGCUCUUAUCAACCGUGGUGUCAACUUAGAUCCCAUCGGAAAGUGGUCCAAGGUUGGCCUCAUUGUCUACAACUCACAGGUCCCAGUGGGUGCCACUCCCGAGUACCUGGCAGGCCACUACGUCCUGCAGGGUGCAGCCUCCAUGCUGCCAGUCAUGGCACUUGCCCCUCAAGAGAAUGAGCGAAUUCUGGACAUGUGCGCUGCUCCUGGAGGAAAGACUAGCCACAUAGCUGCAAUUAUGAAGAAUACGGGUGUCCUGUUUGCAAAUGAACUGCACAAGGAACGAUGCAAGGCUAUUGUUGGCAACCUGCACAGGCUGGGCGUGAACAACACUGUUGUCUGCUCUUACGACGGUCGCAAGUUUCCUGAGGUUGCCAAAGGAUUUGACAGAGUGCUGCUGGAUGCACCGUGCAGUGGUACAGGUGUGGUGUCCAAGGAUCCUGCUGUUAAAACAAAUAAGGAAGAAAAAGACAUCCUCCGCUGCUCCCAACUUCAGAAGCAGCUCAUUCUUGCAGCUAUUGACUGUGCUGACUGCAGCGACAACAAGCCAGGAUACAUUGUGUACAGCACAUGCUCAGUCAUGCCUGAGGAGAACGAAUGGGUUAUUGACUAUGCCCUGAAGAAGAGGAAUGUCAAGUUGGUCCCAACUGGGCUUGAUUUCGGUCGGGAAGGCCUCACCAGGUAUCGCGAGCACAGGUUUCACCCAACGUUGAACAGGACCCGUCGUUUCUACCCUCACUCGCACAACAUGGAGGGCUUCUUUGUGGCCAAGCUGAAGAAGUUCUCCAACACCAUACCGCUGACCCCUAUCACAGAAGAGAAGGAACACGACAAGGAAGAGCAGUCUGCAAAAGCUGCUACAAGUGAUGCACCAGACUCGCAACCAGCGAAGAAGAAAGCUCGGCUGGAGAAAGACGUGAAUACAACUCCUGCCAUACCAUCUUCUACCUCAUCAGCAGUGCAGGUCAAGAAGGGCAAAAACAGGAAAAAGAAUUUAAAACGAAAGAAAAAGAAGAAGCUGCAGCGGCAACAGGCUGGUGGGGAGAAGUGCAGAAGAAAUCUGAAAACCCUGAUCUUGUUAGCAAGAAGCACGAGGCAGGAGCAAGUAGAAAAACCCAGACACAACCUGAGAAGGCCCAGUCAAAAACGAGCUCGUUCCAGAAGAAAGACGGCCCAGGAAAGACAGUCCGGAAACCGAAAAGGAAAAAGUUUCCUUCCGCAGACUAAAGGAGAGGAGCAAUGUAAUAAAUGAUGUUGGGCCUGUGGCCUAAUUUUAAA